AUGGCGGACGAUGAAGGAGCCUCGCCCAAAGAACAACUCAUAGAAGCCUGUCGCCGCAACAACACUGCCCUCCUCGGCGAAGUUUUUGCCUCCAAACCACUCAACUCCGAUCCCAAAGCCAUAGCCGAUUUCCUCAACAACACCACCGAUGCGCUGGGUUCAGGAGCGCUACAUGUAGCAGCCAAACAUGGAUCCUACGAAGUCCUAGACAUGAUUCUAGACCAGGAAAUGGUUGAGAUUGAUGGGCCGGAGAAGCGAGACGGCGAUACAUGUUUACAUGUUGCAGUGAGAUAUUGCAAUGGGUUGGACAAGGUGGAUUGGGAGCACGGAAGGGCUGUGGUGGAUAUUCUGGCCAAGAUGAAGCCGAUCGAUUUGGUGGAUCCGCGACACACAGAGCUAAGGGCUGCGUUGCAGAAAGCAGAGCUUGAGUUACUGGCUGGCGAGGACGCUUUGGRGGAGGACGACGACGAUGAUGACGUUGCACGAGAUGGCCCUGGUAGCGAGAGCGAUUGA